GCGCCUUUGCGCCGAGGAGAUCAGCCAGGUACUGGGGCGCCACGGCGCGAUGGCACUGCAGGGCGCGCAGGCGAAGUGGCGCGGCGGCGGGGGCGUCUCGAAGCAGACCUUGCCGAACCACGACGCGCUCCACUGCGGUUGGGAACGGGGCGGGCGCACCAGCGAGGCGCGCGAUGUCUCGGCCUUUUUGAAGGAGGGGUUCAAGGUGCUGAAGUCGCCGUCGCCGCCACCUUGUUUGCGGGGGCGCGGCGGCGGCGCCCGCCUGAGGCGGGGCGCACUGGUCAUCCUGGGGUUGGCCCUCUACGACGCGCCGGGCAUGGUCAAGCACGAAGCGGGGGUCUUAUCGCCACCCUCUGUGGUUAAAGGGCUGGCCGAGCCCGCGCUGGUGCACGAGUCGGGCACGGCAUUGGAGCUGCUCUGCGAGGAGCGGGGGCUCGCCACGGUCAACGCCGUCCUCGAGGGCUCGGCCUGCUCGUGGCCAGCCGUGGUCGCGCUGCCCCGCGUGCUCAUGCCGAGCGUCGAGGACCGCAAGCCACUCUACAUGAUCGGCGACGGGAUGCGAGCCAGUCGAGCCCGCGGCAGGAGGGACCACACCAAGCUGCGGGUGCUGGGGGGCAUGGACGCGGGCAUGCUGGCACUGAGGCGGCACCUGGGCAAGCUGGAGUUCUGGAAGGAGCUGGAGUACAAGUGCGAGUACGUGGUUCGUCCUCCUUUUGAUGAGGGGCAGGGCACCGACGAAACCAGGGACGUGCUGGAGGAGGUGAUGCGCGAGGCGGGCCUGGCGCACUUCGGCCUCAAGUUCGGCGACCUCGUGUCGGCCUGCUACAUCACGGUCAAGGUUCCUCUCGGCAGCGACAUGAUCAAGAACUUGGAGGACGCGGGCAAGGCGGCGGUGCGCUCCCUGCCCAACACGACGGACAUGGCGGGCUCCGACUUCGAGGGGCCAGUGGAGGCGUUCAACGUUCGGGUCUGCGGACGAGACUUCUUCCAGUACGUCAAGUCCAAGGACAUGUACGGCAAGAAGCACAAGCGCGUGUGCGUGGCGAUCGGGAUGGCCGAGGUCGCGGCCACGUUCACGAAGACGUUCAAGAUCGGCGGCGUGGAGCCCCUGGGCACCGCGCCGACAGGCGGGCUCCAUCGGAGUCGUCAGGAGUGGUUGGGGCCAGCGAUGAUGGACGUGACCCUCUGGCUG